AUGUCAGCAGCUGAGGCUGCCUUGGGUCCUGCAGUUGUAGUUCCCAGUGUGAAGAUGCUGUUGAGCUUCGGCAUACCAACACCCUCACAACCAAGCAGAAGACUGUGUCUGUGGAGGUGGUCCGAUGGCAAGCUAAAUUGGGGGUGCGAUGGCCUGGUGAAGGAAUGGAAGAAGUCCUACCUGUGGAUGACCAGGCAGGAGCGACAGAUGACAUUGGCCAAGGCAGACGACUUCAUUUAUAAAGAAACAACUGAGGAAGUGGGAAUGAUGGGGCUUACAGCUUAUAUGUGGAAGAACAACCCCAGAAUCGAUGACAUGACGCCUGUCGUCUGCACAGUGUCUUCGAUAGACAGGCUGCAUACCUGGGACGUCCGAAAGGGCAACUUGAAGUGGACUAGUCCAGAACUGUCGGGCAGUAUUACACAUCUCAAGACCGUCCCUCAGAUGCGUAUCGCAGUCACUAUGGAUACGAGCAGAGCUAUCAACGUGUGGGAUUGCGUAUGUGAUGAUGCUGUGAGCACAUUUGUCAUGCCUUAUAGGUGCUAUUCCCUGGAAGCCUUCAUCUCCAUGGAUGGCCCAAUCCUGACAGUGGGCGACAUCACAGGGGAUAUCUAUACUUUUACGUUACCUGAGUUAAACCAGAUUUCUAGAGUGAAAGCUUUUCAAUUCAGAAUCGACGUUUUGCUCUGCUCUCCGCACAAGCAGUGGGUCUUUGCAUGUGGGCUACAGCAACAUACCUACUCAAAGGUCUUUCUUAUGGAGAACUUGCUGAAGCCAUCAGCAGGCCCUUGUGCGUCUUUCUCUCUCCCGUUUUUAUCAUGCAUCCAGGCCAACUGGAUCCCCAAUAGAGAAAGCAAGAUAGUACUGAUGUACCAAAGUGUCCCCAGGAAGAUAGGGUUUAUGACCCUGAGCCUCACAACCAAGAAGAUUGGGGACAAAACCAACAUAGAAGUAUGUGAGGUCGGGAAUUUCCUGCUGCCAAAUCACAUAGAUGGUUCUGACUGGAUGGGAGUCAGUGAAGAAGAAUUGAUCAUCUUGGGCAGUGGGACAUACCUUUUCAUCUUCACCACUAAUGGCAUCCUUCUGCGUCAAGUGGAUGACCACCUGACAGCCAUCAUGCACCUGAGGGUGGAUCACAUCCGUGUCCUUGCCACAACCGUGGAUGGUUCUCUGCACCUGUAUGCUUGGGAAGAGGGAGGCCGCUAUCCAUACCUCAAAAAGUGCUGUGAACUUAAAUCUGUGACCCCUAACUUCACCUUGGACCGCUAUUUCUACGAUGCAAUAUGUGAUAAUGACAGCAUAGUACGUGUGGUAUCAUCAGAAACUUCUGGCUUCAGCAUCCUGAUGUUGUACACUUUGAAGACAAGUCUGCAGAGCUGAUGAGAUUCACCUGUAUUAUCUCAGUGUAGUAA